AUGAACACCCUCCAAGAAGCAAGCAGAAUAUACAAGGCCCUCCAAAAGCCCAGUCCGACGUUCGGAGGAUGGCAGAUGCUCCCAGGUACCAAUCUCGCCCGCUCAAUCGCCCGCUCAGGCGUCGAUUGGAUCUGCGUCGACACGGAACACGGCAACAUAUCCGAUAGCGAAAUGCACGAGGCUGUCACUGCUAUUGCGCUUGCAGGCGUAAGUCCGCUUGUAAGAAUUGCUUCGAAUGAGGCGUGGAUGGUGAAGCGCGCCCUCGAUUCCGGCGCACACGGCAUAAUCGUCCCCCUCAUCUACACCGUCGACGAUGCAAAACGCCUCGUUUCAUCUGCAAAGUUUCCUCCACAAGGUACACGCGGAUUUGGAUCACCGCUGCCAACACAGUGUUUCGGAAACGAAGCAAUGUCGUAUUAUCUGCAACAUGCGAAUUCAACGCUAGUAACUAUUGUCCAAAUCGAAACCGCACCCGCCCUCGAACACGUCCGCGAAAUCGCAGCUAUACCGGGCGUCGACGUCCUUCUCAUCGGCCCCUUCGAUCUAGGAAAUAACAUCGGACACCCUAUUCUCACGGGAGAAAUCGCACCAGAGCUCAACGCGGCGAUUGAGAAGAUCAAAGAUGCUGCGCAUGCCGAAGGGAAAAAAGUGGCUAUUUAUUGUAAUUCGGGUGAGGAUGCGAGAAUGUAUGCGCAGAGGGGGUUCGAUAUGAUGAGUGUUUUGACGGAUCAGAUUGGGAUUACGGGGGCUUUUCAGAGGAGUCUUGGGGUGGCGAGGGGGGAGGUCGAGGGGAGUGGGGGGGAUGGAAAGGUUAAGGGGUAUGAUGGGAGGUAA